AUGGCGCUCACCGCUUCGCUCUCUCACAACGCUUUUCCAAAAAUUCCAAUAAUACCCUCUCAUGGCAAAGCCUUACCGUCUUCAUCAUCCUUUAUUGGUUCUCCGCUUACACUCUCGCGCUCUUCUUCCCUUCAUGGGAACCAAUCACUCUCCAGAAAGCAGUUCGUGGUGUUCGCGAGGAAGGUUUCCGGGCUGCGGGAGGCCAUGAAUAUCAAAAGAGAACGUGAACUUCAAGUUGUGACAAAGUUCAAGAAAAGGCCUCCAUUAAGGCGUGGGCGAGUGUCUCCAGGUCUCCCUGUUCCGGAUCAGAUACCAAGGCCUCCUUAUGUUGGUUCAAAUAUACUUCCAGAAAUUGCAAGUGAGCAUCAAAUUCAUGAUUCUGAAGGUAUAGCUAAAAUAAGGGCUGCAUGUGAGCUUGCAGCUCGAGUCUUGAACCAUGCAGGAACUUUGGUUAGGCCUUCUGUAACAACUAAUGAGAUUGAUAAAGCAGUGCACCAGAUGAUAAUUGAUGCCGGUGCUUAUCCCUCACCCCUUGGCUAUGGUGGAUUUCCGAAAAGUGUGUGUACAUCAGUUAAUGAGUGCAUGUGCCAUGGAAUACCUGAUUCUCGGCAGUUACAGAAUGGUGAUAUUAUUAAUAUUGAUGUGACAGUCUACCUGGAUGGAUAUCAUGGAGACACAUCAAAGACAUUUUUUUGUGGGGAAGUCAGUGAUGAACUGAAAAAUCUCGUGAAGGUAGCUGAAGAGUGUUUGGAGAAGGGAAUAGCUGCAUGCAAGGAUGGUGCUCUUUUUAGGAAAAUUGGAAAGAAAAUCAGUGAGCAUGCUGAAAAGUAUGGCUAUGGUGUAGUGGAGCGUUUUGUAGGACAUGGUGUGGGAACAGUGUUCCAUUCAGAACCAAUUAUUAUACACAAUCGCAAUGAAAAGGCAGGUCGCAUGGUUGAAGGUCAGACAUUUACAAUUGAGCCGAUUCUUUCAAUGGGAAGCAUUGAUUCUGUUACAUGGCCAGACAACUGGACAACGUUAACAGCUGAUGGUAGUGCGGCUGCACAGUUUGAACAUACUAUUUUGAUAACUAAGACUGGAGCCGAAAUUUUGACUACAUGUUGA